AUGAGUACAGCGCCCCGAAGGACCGCAUCGCCUGCUCUGGUUAAUCAACUAUCGGACACUGCUCAUAACUACGUCGACUCGCAAAGGAGCCUACACAACGCUUCCAUGGCAUUAGAUGCGGCAUACAAUCGCAUUCGACAAGUCCGGCGAAGUCUCUUACAGGUUUCUGAACCAUCAUCAAGUCAGGAGCCACAGCGCCCAACGACACGCAGCGAAAUCAGGCUCGGACACCGAGCUCUUAUCCUAUCCGAAAGAAGCGGAGAGGAGGAAGGGAGUCAAGAGCUCGACGCCCUUCGCGAAUUGGAGGUGUUGGAAAGGUUGGCGCAAGGUGGCAUCGCUUCCCCGGAAUCGUCUGGGCUGGACCCCAACUCUCGGACGAGGAAUCGUAGCGCAGGUUCGGACGGACCCAAUCCCCCACUCCCUACUGUCCUCCCCCCUCGGUUUUCUCGCCAACCCGAGUGGUUUUAUCUCAGCCAGCUUCAACGACAAGGCGCCAACCCACAAUCUGCGGCUACCACUCGGGGAUUGCAAGUGGCAGCACGAGAAGCCGGCCUCGCACUCCCAACCAACAACGCAGACUCGGACCUUCAGAGAUUAGGCGUCGAUUUUGCGUCAUUGACGGCGCAAUAUAGGGACAUUCUGGAAGCACAAAGGCGCGCGAGCCCCGGCCCGGAUGCGAUACGCGCAAGGGAGAUGCAGGAUGGGCAUUCAACAACAACACGGGCACCUGGAGGUGCACAACCUCCUACGUCGACAUUUCGACGCGACGCUCGCAGGUGGCGGUCACGCGAGACACGAUCGUACAUGGACCCAGGUUUUGUUGCCAGCGUAUACGCCGAAAGAAACCAAGCCGCGGCAGAAGUGAACGCCUCAAUGCGCCAGUCAUCGAGCUAUACACCGGCAACGCGCGUGGCGCCCGAUCCCAGGCCUCGUUAUUAUCCUACGGACCCGUCGGUUGGCGGGUGGACAAUAGCGAACCUGGACAGUGCAGAUUGGGGCGACGACGAAAUGUGGUUCGCUGCUGACCCACAAAUACCUCGGGCGCCUGCUGAAUUUCCAGUAUCAUCACUGGCCGAGCCCAGUGAACCAGAAAACGGCGACAGCUUACUCGUAAGGACGACGAUCGAAGGCCCUCCCAGGGAGGCGUCUAUUCGGCGUGGAUGGGCACGCCUUGAUGCUGACGGAAACGAGAUUCCCUACAGCGAAGAGGAAGAGCUCGAGCGCUCUCGAACAGAAUAUCGGCUGCGGGCUUUGCGACGAGCACGACAACAACAUGCGCCUAGUGGGGUUUCAAACGGCGUCCGAACCACCCAUGGAAGCGUCAUGGACUCGGCUUUGAAUAUUCCUACUGUUCGACGCGAAUCCUCCACAUCAUUUCCCUCUCAUCUGAGCUCUUCUGACUCCCGUUCUUUCCAUGUUGACCCACUGCCCAUGCCCCUCUCGUCAAUGGUCACAAUCGACAAACCGAAGGAUGUGUGCCAUCCUGAUGUUAUCGUUCCGAUACAUGCCUGCCUCGCGGGCAGAUAG